AAGCUUCGACUCCAAGCAAGCUAAAGAGAGAUCCAUCGAAAUUUCGUAUCUGUUUCUUUCAUUUUGUAGAUGAUUUGUUGAAGGAAUCGAAGACCGUAGAAAUCUCGAUCGUUUAUUGAAUUCCUUCUUCUCUGAGCCGAUUUCAGAAUACGAAGAAACAAAGCUGAGAGUUGAGAAAGGGACUUGAUUAUCAUCUUCAAUUCUAAGAUUUCAAUUUACAGUUGAAAGAAAUGGGGUCGGAGGGAACUGUAAACGAGUCAAAGGAGUUGAUAGUUACCCAGGUCAGUUUCGGCGGAUUCGAUAAUCAGGUCACUGCAAAAGAGCUCACGGAUUUCUUAGAGCGCAAAAUUGGGCUGGUUUGGAGGUGCAGACUAAAGACUUCUUGGACUCCACCUGAGUCCUACCCGAAUUAUGAUAUCACCGACAUCUCCAACAUCCGAAGGAACGAUGAUUAUGAUAGGGUUGAGCCUCAUGCCUUCGUGCAUUUUGCCUCUCCCUCAGCGGCAACCCAGGCGUCUGAUGCUGCAGGCCGUUGUCAGCUCAACCUGAAGGGCCGUUUUCUGAAGGUGAAUUGUGGGAGCGAGAGUUCUUUCCGAGUUAAGCGGAGGCGGAUAAUGGACCCUUUUAAAUUCUCUGAUGUUCGUGCUGAGAUUGGGGCUCUGUUUAGCAGGGAUGAGUUCUGGGUUGGUUGGAAGGGACCUGAUUCCGGUGUUGAUUUCCUAGUUGAUCCCUUCGAUGGCACCUGCAAGAUCCUUUUCACUAAGGAGACUGCUUUCUCAUUGAAGUCCACAAAAAAACACUCGGUGAUUAAAUGCGAUUUCAAGGUGGAGUUCCUGGUGAGAGAGAUUGCUGAGAUUAAACUGUACAAGGAUAGAGCAGCAUUGUUGAUGCUCUUACAGCUGACUUCAUCUCCUCGUGUUUAUUAUAGAACGGCAGAUGACGACGUCUAUGUCUCUGUUCCAUAUAAUCUGUUAGAUGAUGAGGAUCCAUGGAUCAGGACCACAGAUUUCACCUCCAGCAGAGCCAUUGGAAGGUGUAAUUCUUUCAAAAUCUCCAUAUCGCCUCGCUUUGGAGCUAAGCUGGAGAAGGCCCUGUCAUAUCUAAGGGAACGGAGGAUUUCUGAAUACCGGUCUAAGGGUCCACUCACAGUCCGGGAUGAGCCUGAAUUUGGUGCACCCAUGCCCGAUUCUUUUUUCUGUAUUCGGUAUAAGGAGGGCAUAAGCUUCGACGUGAUGUUCUUGGUAAAUGCAUUGGUCCACAAAGGUAUAUUCAAUCAGCAUCAGUUGUCUGAAGAGUUCUUUGGGUUACUGAGAAACCAGAAUGCUGUCGUGAAUAUCACAUCGCUGCAUCACAUAUAUGCAUACAAGCACCCGGUAUUUGAUGCUUGUGAAAGGCUGAAGCUUGUCCAAGAAUGGCUGUUGAAUAACCCCAAACUUCUCAAGAGCAAUAGAGUUUCUGAUGUUACCGUUGAGGUGCGAAGGUUUGUCAUAACCCCCACCCGGGCUUAUUGUCUCCCUCCGAAGGUGGAGGUUUCUAACAGGGUUCUUCGGAAGUAUAAAGAAGUUGCUGAUAGGUUCCUGAGGGUUACUUUCAUGGAUGAAGGCAUGCAAAAGCUGAAUUCUAAUGUUUUUUCUUAUUACAUUGCGCCCAUUGUGAAGGAUGUCACUUCAAAAUCUUUCAAGCAGAAUACCACGGUGUUUAAAAGGGCGAACGACAUUCUCACCGAUGGCUUUUAUCUGUGUGGACGGAAGUACUCUUUUCUUGCAUUCACUCCAAAUCAGUUGAGGGACAGUUCGGCAUGGUUUUUUGCUGAUGAUGAGAACAUUACUGUAACUACAAUCACGAGUUGGAUGGGAAAAUUCUAUAACAAAAAUGUUGCGAAAUGUGCAGCAAGGAUGGGACAAUGUUUCUCAGCGACUUAUGCGACGGUUGAUGUGCCAUUUGAGCAAGUCAACAUGUCACUUCCUGAUAUUAAGCGGAACGGGUAUAAGUUCUCCGAUGGGAUUGGGAAGAUAACACCUGAUCUAGUUAUGGAAGUGGCAGAGAAAUUGCAACUCACAGGCAACCCCCCUUGUGCAUAUCAAAUCAGAUAUGCUGGUUGCAAGGGUGUGGUAGCUUGCUGGCCUGGAGAUGGUGAUGGGAAACGGCUCUCCUUUAGACCGAGCAUGAAAAAAUUCAAAUCUAAUCAUACAACACUUGAAGUCAUCCAAUGGACAAAGUUCCAGCCAGGGUUCUUGAACCGACAGAUUGUGACAUUACUUUCGGCAUUGGGUGUUCCUGAUGAAGUGUUCAUGAGAAUGCAGCAUUCAAUGGUUUGUAAGCUUAACCAGAUUCUCAAGAACACCGAUGUGGCAUUCGAGGUCGUUACCACAUCAUAUGGUGAGCAGGGGUACAGUGCUGCCAUGAUGCUGAGUGCUGGUUUCAAUCCUGCAACAGAGCCUCACCUGAGAGGGAUUCUAUCUUGCAUAAGGUCUGCCCAGCUAGUAGACCUUUUGUGGAGAGCAAGAAUAUUUGUUCCUUCAGGAAGAUUAUUGAUUGGUUGCAUGGAUGAACUAGGGGUACUUGAACAUCGCCAGUGCUUUAUCCAAGCAUCAACCCCUACAUUAGAAAAUUGCUUUAUAAAGCACGGUUCAAGAUUUUCUGGGACAACAAAGAACCUAAAAGUAAUCACAGGGAUGGUGGCCAUAGCUAAGAACCCAUGUCUUCACCCAGGAGACAUACGCAUUUUGGAAGCAGUUGAUGUGCCUGGCCUGCAUCAUCUUGUGGAUUGUUUGGUUUUCCCACAGAAAGGAGAAAGGCCUCACACAGAUGAGGCAUCCGGAAGCGACUUAGAUGGAGAUCAUUACUUUGCAACAUGGGAUGAAAAUCUCAUACCUCCAAGCAAGAUGAGCUCAUUGCCAAUGGAUUAUACCCCUGCAGAAGUUAAAGAGAAGAAGCACAACGUCACUCAUCCGGAUAUAAUUGAGUUCUUUGCUAGAAACAUGGUGAAUGAGAAUCUUGGUGUCAUCUGCAAUGCCCAUGUGGUCCAUGCCGAUCUCAGCGACGAUGGUGCAUUUGAUGAGAAGUGUCUUAAACUGGCAGAGCUGGCAGCGAUGGCUGUCGACUUCCCCAAAACCGGCAAGUACGUAACAAUUCCACAGGAACUCAAGGCCAAAAUCUACCCAGACUUCAUGGGCAAAGAUGAAUCCCAAUCCUACAAGUCCAACAAGGUGUUGGGCAAGCUAUACCGUAUAAUCAAAGACAUUUCAGGUGAAGAUGAUGCAUUGGAGGAGCCGAAAUGUGCCCCUGAAGACAUACAUUACGACAAGGAUCUUGAAAUCCCAGGAUCGAAAGAUUUUCUGUUGGAUGCGUGGAGUUACAAGUGCUCAUAUGAUGGGCAGUUGAAUGCUCUUAUGGGACAGUUUGACGUGAGCACAGAGGAGGAGGUGGUGACUGGGCACACUUGGUCAAUGCCGAAAGACAGCAGUCGGCAGCUACAUGAUCUGAGAGAGAGGCUGAGGCAGGCUUACACUGCCCUCCACAAUGAAUUCAGACGGGCUUUCGAGGAUACUGGACUGUCUUUGCAACAACAACAGCUCACUGAUGAUGAGAAGAAUACAUUGUAUGAACAGAAGGCGUCUGCAUGGUACCAAGUAACAUACCACCCAAUGUGGGUCAAAAAAUCUGAGGCUUUGAAACAAACUGAUGGAGAUAGGAUUCCCAUUCGUCUUAGCUUCGCUUGGAUUGCGACCGACUACUUGGUCCGCCUCAAGGUUAGGUGUCAGGAUGUGCAGAAACUCAGUACCAACAAGCCAAUUGAUUUUCUUGUGAGGUAUCUUGCUGAUAAAAUUUGAUAUGAAGGUAUCAGUUGUUAUUUAUUAUUAUUAUUAUUUAUAAAUUGGGUGGGUUGAUCUUUUGGGCUGCUACAGCAAGGUCAGUCUGCCAUUGUUUUUGCUUUUUAAAGCUAGUCACAGUAGGGAAAAAGUUAAAGAGUUUUCUUCUUUUCUGUAUAGGGGUUGAUUAAUGGUGUUGCACUUGCAACUUGAAUGGGUUUUCUGAAGAUAGGGGGUAUUUAGUAGGCUUGAGAAUUAUAAACAUUCCACAUUUGUAUUCUGGUGUGGACUUGUGAUUGAAGGAAUUGAAUAAUGUGUUUUUUGGGGUAUGUAAUUUCUGUUGAUUUGAA